CGUGAUGCAAAAGCUUAUGUGACUCGCGGAAUCAUUAUGCUCUCGAAUUGACGUGUAUUGCAUUCGACGAAAGACAUGAUCAAUAGAAGUACGUCUAUACAUAACUUCGAAGCCUUACGACCAGCUCAUUGUUUGAAUGUCAUACCUUCUCCCACGGUCUUAAGAUCCUAUAUCCUUACGUCUCUGAUUCCUCUUCAGAGUUCUCAUGCCUCAGGUCCUCAUCAUCAGCUUGUAUAGCAAGACAUUGUUCAACGACGACAGAUACAAAUCACUCCUCACGACACUUCUUAGUCGAGCUACAGUCCACGAAUCCCUCAAUAUUGCAGAUGCAGCAGCCUUCCUGUCAUCCGGCUGGCCCAACAUCAUCCUUGUCACGGAUCCAGUCAUUACACAACGUAGGCACACGGACUUCAGCUGUGAACUCGUGAAAUGGGUUCAUUCGGGUGGGACAGCCAUUUUCAUGGGACGCUUCGCCUGCGAUGUGGAGUGGCCAGACCUCAACUCACUCCUGCAACUCCUCCACAAAGACUCAGUCAAGCCUUGGGCGAUGAUAGCAUAUUCGAAAGAGCAUGUCAAGAUCCAUCGUAAUAUUACCGGAAUGCGCACGCAAAGUCUACCAGAGACAGCGUUGGUUCGCGCAAUGUUUCUCAAGAAUGUGCAAAGCGAAGACAUGCUGUAUUAUCACAAAGCUAGCGAUCGACGGCUUUGUUCAGCAGCAUACGCUCAAAUUGGCCUUGGGUGGUUGGGAUUCAUUGGAAAUAUGGAGCCCGAUGAUACUGUUCAGAAGACGGUCAUCGCGAUGUGUCGACUUGAUCAUAACAAGUAUAGCGAUGCAGAGUUUCCAUGCAAGCCAAAAAAGGGCUCUAGGCAGGAAAAGCCACGACAUGAAAGCAUGGAACUGUGAUGGCUUAGUAUGAGGUUGCUAUUAAUGCCCGAGGAAUUCGUCUGGCUUGACCUAGAGGUACUUGAGGUGGUCUUGCUGUGCUGGUAUAUUAGCAACUGUACUAGACAAAACACCAGCCCUCGUAGGGUUUUGGUCAGUCGUAUGCUCAUACUUCCAUCCAUUGAACCUCUGUC